AGUCUUAAACCUACGCAACCGAAGAUAAUUUUAAAAAAUGGCGAGUCAGAUGGGAAAUAGUAAAGAUUAUAAUUUAAGGCUUAUUGAUGUGCUUUAUAGUCAGGUUCCAGCAUUUACCGACGUGUUUGACGAAGAAACUUGGUAUAUUUUUGUCAUUUGUUUUGUAGCGGGUACUUUUCUGGUGGCAUUUAUUCUUUCGAGGUUUAUAACUAUAAAACCCGUUGAAUAAGACUACGCAUAAAGAACUAAAUUAUAAAAAAUGUACGCAUACUUGUUAAACAAGAAUACAUUUGUAAUGUAUCACAAAUUCGCUUGAUAAUAAAUUAUUAAUUAAAAAAUUAAACAAUUUUGUAUCAAAUAUUAUCAAAAUAAACCCAUUAUUUAUUUUUAUUUUUUGUUUAAGUUUUUUAAAUAAUGUGGUUAUUAAAAAAAAAUUACGAUUACAUAUAGAAUUCCUCGAAAGAACAGAACAUUUAGAAAAUUUUUGCAAUGAUAAUUAAAAUAAACAAGAUGACUGUACUUACGGAAGCAUGUAAAAGUAUGUAUAUAACCGACAAGUGCUUCUUCGAAUAAAUACAUGUUAAAAAAC